AUGUCAUCCACAUCAGCACUGUACCGUCUGUCUUUCACGGACCUGUGCAUUGGGUAUGCGAACUUGACACUCAAGCCUCAGGGAUUUUUACAGGAGACUCUGAGGGCCAUUGACCCAGUGACUGUCCGCGCCAACCGCCGGCCUGGCCGACUAAUCAAAGAUCGGCGAGGUUUGAGCUGUGACUGCCUUCCAAUAAAUGCAAUGCCUCUUAUUUCCUCCUCAGAUCGGCCGAGAUGGAAAAGAUGUAAAAUUUCGAAGUUUGAUGAGGUCAUCGUCGCUGCCAAAUCCGGACGAUCAACGCCCGAGAAACCGCAGCCAAUUAAAGAGCACAGAAUCUUCCAAGCGAGUGCGCGCCUAAACAGCACGAUCAAAGUGAAUGAAGUAAGGCAUCCACUAGCGCCCGAGAAAACGGAGCUAAUCAGAGAGCACAGAAUUUUCCAAGCGAUCGCGCGCCAAAUCCGUACGAUCAAGUGA